AAUGGCGUAUCUUGUGACUGUCUAUGGCCAGACGCCAUAACCUUGUCUAAUGGUGACAGUGCCAAUUUCUCUGAACCUGACCUCCUCCGCCACGACGAUAGGAUCAUCCCGGCUCAUUUCAUCACCUACUUGGCGUACCACAGGGAAAAGCGCAGGUUCCUCCGCUCAACCCUCUUCUGUUCUGAGUCGUCCUUGGAGAUAUGAACGUCGAGGAACACAUCAGAGGAACCCCCGUCAAGUAUAUCUCGGUGGAGGAGGAGGUCUAAUGCCCUCUACUCCAAACUGCGUCCUUAAGCAAACAGGACCUGGCACUUGGGAUCACCUGGCAUUAUUGGCACCUUCAUUGCCUCUACAUAAUGACUCGGCUAAUGCCUCCGUAGAUUCGGCCUCCCCAGACCCCCAGAGAUCUUCGCUGUCCACCAAUUAUUGUAGGAGUCCAAGAAUGUCCCUCUCCAAGCUAAGUAUGUCCAGGAGUCACCGUCACAACAACUGCUGUCAGUGUGCAGCUGGGGACUUGGCUCAAACAGUAACAGUUGCCACCAUCAACAACAGACGCAGAUCAUCAACUAUACACCUGUGUCUUAGGGGAAACUUACACCAGUUUAAUGAUGUGUAGGACAGGUGUUUAUCAUCCUACACCUGUUUAAUGAUGCGUAGGACAGGUGUUUAUCAUCCUACACCUGUUUAAUGAGGUUUAGGACAGGUGUUUAUCAUCCUACACCUGUUUAAUGAUGUGUAGGACAGGUGUUUAUCAUCCUACACCUGUUUAAUG